AUGGCUACCACUGUGGACUCCAUCCACCGCCAUCUGCCCCAAAUUUCCCUCAUAAUCUUAGCCGCAUUGGCCUUGCCAUUCACGGCGUUGGUAUGGGAUCGCAUUCUAAACCCCUUCCCAACUACGAAGCGGGCCUGGCUGGUCGGCAAGAAGCAGCCGUCCCAGAUCACCUCGCUGGAAUGUCCCUAUAGCUACAUUCGUCAGAUCUACGGAAAGCAUCAUUGGGCUCCUUUUGUCGACAAGCUAUCUCCCAGCUUGAAAUUCGACGACCCGCCCAAGUACCAGAUGAUCCUAGAGAUCAUGGACGGUAUCCACCUAUGCUUGAUACUAGUUGACGAUAUCUCCGAUGGCAGCAACUUCCGCAAAGGGCAUCCCGCCGCGCAUAAGAUAUACGGCCCAUCAGAGACAGCGAACCGUGCCUAUUACCGCGUGACGCAGCUUUUGAAUCGCACUGUUCACGAAUUCCCCACCCUCGCGCCAUUCCUCAUGCAAUGUCUGGAAGAGAUCCUGGAAGGCCAGGAUCUCUCCCUUGUAUGGCGGCGAGACGGCCUUUCCAGCUUUCCAGUCGAUCCGAAGGAGCGGGAUGCAGCGUAUCGUCGAAUGGCAUCCCUGAAAACGGGGGCGCUGUUUCGUUUGCUCGGCCAAUUGGUGCUAGAGGAUCAGUCAAUGGAUGGUACCAUGACCACUGUGGCGUGGUGCUCUCAGCUACAGAAUGACUGCAAGAAUGUUUAUUCGACCGAUUAUGCCAAGGCCAAGGGCGCGGUGGCAGAAGAUCUUCGCAAUGGUGAACUAUCUUUUCCGAUUGUGGUUGCGUUGGAUGCUCCCCAGGGUCAUCUCGUAGCUCGGGCUUUGGAGUAUGGUUCCCCUCGUAAUAUUCGCAUUGCUUUGCGAGUCAUUCAGAGGGAGGAUAUUGUCCGAGGCCCACUGGACUACCUCCUCAAGUCCCCUGGCAAAGACAUUCGACGCAAAUUUAUCCACGCUUUCAACGAGUGGCUACGUAUUCCCGAGGACAAACUCGCGAUUAUCACCGAAAUCGUCGGGUUACUUCAUACGGCAUCCCUUUUAAUCGACGACAUCCAAGACUCCUCCAAACUCCGCCGCGGCCUCCCCGUCGCACACAGCAUCUUCGGCAUCGCGCAGACCAUCAACUCAGCCAACUAUGCCUACUUCCUCGCACAAGAGCGGAUCCGCGAACUCAACCACCCCGAAGCAUACGAGAUCUUCACCGAGGAGCUCCUCCGUCUCCACCGCGGGCAAGGAAUGGAUCUAUACUGGCGCGACUGUCUCACCUGCCCAACAGAGGAAGACUACAUCGAGAUGAUUGCCAACAAGACGGGUGGAUUAUUCCGCCUGGCAAUUAAGCUUAUGCAAUUGGAAAGUGACACCAAGAGCGAUGUAAUCAGCCUCGCAGACCUCCUCGGCAUCAUCUUCCAAAUCCGCGACGACUACCAGAACCUACAAAGCGGGCUAUAUACCAAGAACAAGGGGUUCUGCGAGGAUCUGACAGAGGGCAAGUUCUCCUUCCUAAUCAUCCAUAGUAUUCACAGCAAUCCGAAUAAUCAGCAUUUGUUGAAUAUUCUGCGCCAGCGAAGUGAGGAUGAUGCGGUGAAGAAAUAUGCGGUGGAGUAUAUUCAGUCCACGGGGAGUUUUGAAUAUUGUCGCGAACGGCUGGCGGCUUUGUUGGAGGAGGCGGAUCAGUUGGUGAAGGAGUUGGAAUGUGAGGUGGGGGCGUCGAAGGGGAUCUAUGAGAUUUUGAAAUUUUUGGCAUGA